AUGAGACAUACUUUCACGGUGUGUCGUUGAUGUACAUAGUGUUCGGUUUGUUGGUCGCCUGUUUUUCGUUUGUACAUGCCGAUUAUUGUACUGAUAUUGACGAGCUUAGAACGCUUUUUGGAAGGAAAAUCCAACAACUUGAAAGUCACCUUGAAAAAGAAAAGGUUAAAAAGAAUGAAAUCAAUCGUCAACUACGAGAGUUAGAAUCGAAGUUAGAUAUCCUGGAAAAACGGGAGCAACACAAUAGUCGGUCAAAGCGUCAGGUGGUUGAAUCUGUCGCAUUCUCCGCUUACCUGAACCGUGAUGCCAUCAAUCUUAGUCGAAGCCACACCAUUCAGUUCCAGGGCGUAGUCCUCAACGAUGGCAACGCAUACAACAAAUACACGGGCGUAUUCACUGUCCCACUUGACGGUGUCUAUUUUCUAUUAAUCACGGCAGAAGAUUUUUGAACACACCGUGAAUGGUUAAAUCUUGUUGUGGACGGACAACUGAUCUCGAGCAAGAUUUUUGAAAUGACAAGCGGCAGCGGCAAUCUUGUGGGAGGUAACACAUUACUGGCCCGACUCAGAAAAAGCCAAUCGGUCUGGGUAGCUGUUGACUCGAGAGAGACGCCGGGCGGGUCACUUCACGGCUCUGAGAGCGAGCGAUUCACGACGUUCUCCGGAUUUUAUCUAUAUGAGUAGACUUUGUUUGUUAAAUUUUUAUUUCGGUGUUUUGUGUCAUUGCUCUUGAUUAAUAGUAGAUAAUAAACACCAUUCAGACAAUGUU